CUGGUAUACUGAGAAAAGAGCAAGAAAUGUGGGAAAGUACUGAUAAAAGCAUGCAAGAAGCUUUCCAGGAUUUGAACGCCCUCAUGAGUAAAGCUAGAGAGAUGGUGAUGCUAGCUGAGAAGAUGAGGAUGACACUUCUUUCUAGCUCUAACAGUCAUGCAGGAUCAAAUGAUGAGGAAAUGGGUACAAAGGAAGAGAUUCAAGAUUGGUUACUUAGUGUUGGUAUUCUCUCCCCAGUUACCAAAGAGUCUGCUGGUGCCUUGUAUCAUCAACAAUUAUCACGACAGUUGGCAGAUUUCAUCAGGAUUCCCCUUGACAGAGCAGGUGGAAUGAUUAAUCUCAUUGAUGCUUAUUGCCUUUUCAAUCGGGCCCGUGGAACAGAACUGAUAUCCCCUGAUGACUUGAUGCAUGCAUGUUCUUUGUGGGAGAAGUUCGAUGUCCCUGUGUUGCUGCGCAAGUUUGAGAGUGGUGUUAUGGUCAUCCAGAACAAGAGCCACAAUGACAACCAGGUAUUUGCUAGAAUUAAAUCCUUGGCGAGUGAGGAUGAUGCUUUACGAGUUGGGAUCAGUGCUAGUGAUGCUGCAAUGAUCCUGGGAGUUGCUCCAGCUAUGGCCAAGGAGCAUCUUCUUGCUGCUGAGGGACAAGGAUUGGUGUGCAGAGAUGUAAGCCCUGAUGGCUUUAGGUUCUUCAUAAAUCUAUUUCAAGACAUUGAUGCUGAUCAAAUAUACUUUCCUGUUUCUUCCGCUGCUGUCUCGCGUCGCGGGCCAGGACUCGCAGUGUGAAAAAUCAUGGAAUUUAUGCGAAAUGGAUUGCUUCUGCCUCAUGCCAAUGGUGAAACUGAUUAUUAUAUUGAUUCUUGGAAGGAUCAGUUGCUCAGCAACAAAGGCAGAGAAUAGAACUCCUUGCUCGAAGAAAUAUGUUCUUGAUACUUGAGAGUGAGGCCAAGUAGUUCAUGUUGGCAUUUAAAGGGAUAAUAAGAACAAUUAGGUUGUUGCGUGCAAAUUAGAAAGAUGAAACACAAGUACACAAGAAGAGAGGCGAGGACAACGCCACAUCUAUUUGUAUUUUUUUGUAUGUUCCAAAUAGCUUUGCUGGGUAAACUGAGGCCUAGAUGUGGUCAAGGGUGGUCAGCCUUGUCAGGGAUUUUAAAAGCGUGUCAUGUCAAGACUUAAAUUGUAUCCAUUUGGUAAAGCUUAUGACUAUUGGAAUGAUAGAUUAUGUAUGGGAUCGUGUCAUGUCAAGACUUAAAUUGUAUCCAUUUGGUAAAGCUUAUGACUAUUGGAAUGAUAGAUUAUGUAUGGGAUCUUAUCGUCUUACUUCAUUCAUG